AGUGAAUAUAUGGCGGUAAACAUUUUUCCUACAAAGCAAUGGCACAUUCUUUAAAAUGCAUUUGUCAAAUAUGUAUGAAUGUUGUAAUUAAAUAAUCGUCUGUUGUUGCAAAACAAAUGUUCCUUUUCCCUUCCCUAAUCAGUGAUCGGGGAAGGGCUGCUGUGAAGUGUCGCUACAAAAAUACAUUCGUCCCUGCUGACCUUCAGAAGCGCCGAACUGGACUGACUCUGGAUCAGCCCGCAGUCGUUUCAUCCCUCUGCUCUUAAUUUGGGUGCAGAAAAGAAAACUGGUCCACGGACAGCUAGGCCCGCCCCCUCCCACGAGUGCCCUCCUCCCCUUGAAGCGCGCAACCAUGGGCAACCCUGUUGAUGGGUCACCACGGCAACAGCGCACCUCCGGGGUCUUUACCUCUGCUCCUUGUUUGUCAGCCGGUACACGUUAAAAUGGCGAUAAUUAUCAUAAAAGCUGAACUUUGAAGGGAGAAGAUGUCGGAUAUACUGUGCAGGUGGCUGAACGAGGAGCUCCGGCUGUCAAAAGCUGUUGAUCCAAAGACCUUCGCCAGUGAUUUCUCCAGUGGUUACCUCAUUGGGGAGGUUCUGCAUAAAUAUCAGUUGCAGAAUGAUUUCAGUAUGUUUAUGAAGAAAGACACCUCCAGCUCCAGACUGAAUAACUUCACCCGCGUUGAGCCGACUCUCCGGUUGCUGGAGAUUUCCUUCGACACAAACGCAGCGCAGGAAGUGAUGGAGGAGAAGCAGGGUGCUGCCACGCGCCUCCUUUACCAACUGUAUGUCUCGCUUGAGAAGAAGAAGAAGGCAGAAAUCAGCGGCACGUUGAUGGAACUCAUGCAGCCUGCAGCCAAUGUUGGCCUGCACAAAAAAGAGCAUGAUUUCUACUCUGAUCUGCAGGUGUGUCGUCAGAAGCACAAUGACAUCAGGACGUUUAACCAGUCCACCAUUGUCCAGGUGCCCAAGCCACCUCCCUACACUGCACAGCUCCACCUGAAGAGGAGGCAACAGCAGCAGCAACGCAGAGAACAACAAGUGCAGACAGUCCAGACUGAAAUAGCGAAGUUUGAGACGAGGAGGAAACUGCUUCCUUGUGGUUUAGCUUCCUUGUCAAGUGGUCAGCCGCCUUCUGGAGACUUCAGCCAAGGCUUUGAGGUCCCUGGAAGUGGAGCGAAGCUGACAUUACAAUCUAAUAGCAAGUAUAUACAGGAUAUCCGACAGAGGCUGGAGGAGAAAGCGGUAGCUCGCGAGCAGAAGGAGAAAAGACAAGACCGAUUCCUCGUGGAGCAGCUCAAGGCCCAAGAAGCUCAAGAGGAGGCGCAGCGGGAGGAGCAGCUGGUGAAGCGCCUGACGCGUCAGACUCAGCAGGAGCAGCGUCUGGCCACGCAGCUCCUCCAGGUCCUCGUGCAGAAGGACGUGCUCCGGAAGAACCGCCUGUUCAGAGAGCAGCAGUACAAGCAGCGGAGAGAGAGGGACUUCCAGGAAGCUCUGGAGAGGGAGGCGGCUCUGGCUCAGCAGGCUAAGCUGGACCGUGCCGAGGAGACCAGAAAGGAGCUUGAGUUCUGUAAGAGGAUUGCUGCUGAGCGAGCUCAGGGCAGAUUCAAGAAGCACUCUCAGACCUGCAAGGACAUUUUGGAGCAGAUAGUGGACUUGGCCACCAAAGUCGGAGAGUAUCGACUGCACACUGGGAAUCUGAUUCCAGAGAAGCCGAUGAGAGAGUGGAAGGAGUUGCUGUUCAGUGGCCUGCCUCUCUAUGAGUCCGUGAAGGGCCAGCAGCCAUCGGGAUCUGCUCCACUAGACCCCGUAGAGCUGCAGAAGCAGGAGACACUCAAAAACCAGCACUACGAGGAAUACACUAACAUGGUCGGUGAGUGGGCGUGGCCAGAGGAAGCCACGGAGACCAAAUGGCCCCUGACCAACAACGACAUUCUUGGACACGUUGUCCAGCGACUGAGGAACAUUGUUCAUCAACCCGUCGUGAAACCCCCUCCGCCAUCCUUCCCUCGCUUUACCAUCAAGGCCUGUGUCCUGGGCAAGUUCUGCUCGGGGAAGACCACGUGCCUGGCCAAGCUCGCUGCAGCCCAUGGCAUCUAUGUCUUAUCAGCUGACUCACUCAUCAAGGAGGCACUGAAUGCUUACCGAAAUGGAGAGGAGGACUUUUCAGAAAACUCUCCCCAGUCAUCCCGGUCAGCAUCAGAGGUCACAGAGCAGCAGGGAGAGAAAGACAGCGAGCUGCCGCUCUCAUCCUCCACGUCCCCGAAGCCCGAUCUUGACACUCAAGAGGAGAGCAGAGACGGCAAUGUAAGACGGUCUACCCGGGCCAUGCAGGGAGCAGCUGCAGAAAAGGUGCUGAUGGAAGGCAACGCCAUCCCUAACGAGCUGUUGGUGGACAUCAUGCUCGAGGCGAUCAGGCAGGUUCCCGCUCAGUCGGGGUGGAUCCUGGAUGGCUUUCCGGUGGACAUGGCUCAGGCCUACCUGCUGGAGAAAGGCCUGGGCGGGUCUGUCGAUGAAGCGGACGGCGUCGUGAGCGGCAGGACAGAGCUCGCUGCCGAUCCUCAUCCACCCAAACCGGCACCGACCCCGCCUCCCGCACUGGACCUGGUUCUGCUGCUGGAUGUCCCCGAUGAGUGUGUGAUCAGACGUCCGUUCAGCCGGCCGGAGACGGAUACUGCUGCUGCUGCUGCUGCUGCUGCCUCUGCCUCCUCCCAUCCCACAGAUACGAGCUUGUAUCUGGCGCAGAUUCCACACAGGAUCACAGCUUUUCAGGACACCUGGCCAAAGCUAGAGGAAUGGUUUGGAAAAAGGCAAAACAUUUUGGUCCGUGUUGACGCAGAUGUGGGCGAGGAGCAGCUUGGCCACCGGGUGGCGUCCGUCCUGCAGCGAGUCAUGAUGCAAACACAGCAAGCUCUCGCCGCUCCUCCUGGUGACGAUGUCGUGUUGGAUGGCGGGAAAGCUCCGGACUCCUCCUGUCCACCUCCACCUGUAGACCAAGCUCAGGGCCUCGCAAAAAAAGCACACGCAGAGUCCCACAUCGGCCUUGACGAAGAAAAAGCCCAAAGUGUGAAGUCCAAAUCCAACACACCCUCCUCCCCACGAGGGCCAUCGAGGAAGGUUUCAACUUCCUCAGUGACCACUGAGGACUCUCCGGGAGUCCCACCGAAGCCGGCCUCUCCCUGCCCCGGUUCAUCCAGCUGGGUCUACGUCGAUGAGCCCCUCCCUCCAGAGCUGUCAGAGUACCUGUGUUCCCAUUGGGACACGGUGUGCGAUUCUUACGUGAACAACUUGAAGACGACGAUGCAUCGGCUGAGCUCACAACCGUCUGCGGUUCACCUUCACCUCUUCAACAUCAGAGAGGAGUACAAGCAUUACAUGGGGCGUCCGGACUUGAAGCAGGAGUUAGUGUCUCACUGGCAGAAGGACUUCAACAGCAUCCCUGAUGACAUGAGAGAGGAUGAGGAGACCAAAGCAGAGCUGCAUCUGAGGCUGGACGAGCUGCGUGAACGUCUGUGGGACAUUAGCGACAAGCGUAAGGAGGAGGACGAGAAAGAGAGGGCGAAGCUCAUGGGGGACGGCUGGUUGGAGGAACACACGCCGUCCUCAUCAACCACCACUGUCCUCAUGCAGGUGGAGUUGGACCGUUUCAAGGACACGUUCCGUAUUCUCAAGGUCUACUAUUUGGGCAUGUACAGGGAGGUGCUGCCUGAGCUCCCCUCCAGGUUGGAUUGUAUCCCCCUGCUGGACCAAAUAGACGCUAAGAACCAGGAGGAGAGGCAAGGAACUCGCACUGAGCCAGCGGGCAGAAGUGUGUCUCGUCAGACGGACUACGGAGAGGACAAGAAGAGGACGAGACCACAUCGUGACUCCAGGGCGAAAAGCCGGAUUCAAGCUGAAUCUGUCAAGCUACCCCAUGAGAAACUGAUCUCCGACUAUGAAGACGCACUCACAGCAAUCCGACAAUUGGUGUCAGCUGAAGUCCACCAGGGGAGACAAAAGAGCAGAAGGAGAAGGCGAAGACUGAUAUUCAAGAAGUCAGAGACAAAAUACAUAAAGAAUAUGCAGCCGCACUGGAUCAUGAGGGGAAUGCAGCAAAGGCGCGCCUAGAGCUGGUGAAGGGUCAUGGUCUGGUGAUGGUGCAGUCCCUGCAGAGCAGAGCAGCACAGACAUCGAGCAGCAUGGAGAAGUUGCUAGAAACACACA